AUGAACGCAUUGGCUUUUUACAGUCAAGUGCCGGGAAUUAUAAUACUGACUAUGGAUAUGUUGUGUUUGCUGUGGAUGCUGCCAGCGGUGUGGGCUGCAGAAGAGGUGCUAAUGGACUCAACAACAGCGACAGCAGAACUGGGCUGGACCAUCUACCCAUCACAGGGGUGGGAAGAAGUUAGCGGCUAUAAUGAAAACAUGAACACCAUCCGAACAUAUCAGGUGUGUAAUGUCUUCGAUAGCAGCCAGAACAACUGGGUACGCACCAAAUACAUCCGUCGGCGUGGUGCUCAGCGUAUCCACGUCCAGAUGAAGUUCUCAGUACGUGACUGCAGUUCCAUCCCCAAUGUCCCCGGCUCCUGCAAAGAGACCUUCAACCUGUACUACUAUGAGUCUGACUCAGACACAGCCACUAAAACGUCCCCACCUUGGAUGGAGAACCCCUGGGUGAAAGUGGACACUAUAGCGGCUGAUGAGAGCUUCUCUCAGGUUGACCUCGGGGGCCGCAUCAUGAAGAUCAACAGUGAAGUCCGGAGUUUUGGACCUGUUUCACGCAAUGGCUUCUACCUCGCUUUCCAGGAUUAUGGCGCCUGUAUGUCACUCAUCGCUGUUCGCGUCUUCUACAGGAAAUGUCCCAGUGUGAUCCAGAAUGGCGCCAUCUUUCCUGAGACUCUGUCCGGAGCAGAGAGCACCUCCCUGGUGGCAGCCAGAGGGGUAUGUGUUCCCAACGGGGAGGAGGUCGAUGUACCCAUCAAGCUGUAUUGUAACGGCGAUGGGGAGUGGAUGGUACCCAUCGGGCGCUGCAUGUGCAAAGCGGGGUACGAGGCGGUGGAGAACGGUACAGUCUGCAGAGCUUGUGUAUCAGGCUUCUUCAAGGCUGCACAGGGAGACCACAGAUGUCUGCAGUGCCCCAUCAACAGCAGAACUACCAGUGAGGGAGCUACUAACUGUGUUUGCCGCAACAGCUACUACCGCUCUGACUCCGACCCUCCACAGAUGCCCUGUACUACUGUUCCAUCAGCUCCACAAAACGUCAUCUCCAUAGUGAAUGAGACUUCUCUGAGGCUGGAGUGGAGCCCCCCGCAGGAGGGCGGCGGCCGGGAAGAUGUUGUCUACAACAUUAUUUGUAAGAGCUGUGGCAGCGGGCGUGGUGGCUGCACUCGCUGUGGAGACAAUGUGCAGUUUGUGCCUCGUCAGCUGGGAUUGACCGACACCCGCGUCCACAUCAGUGACCUCCUGGCUCACACCCAGUACACCUUUGAAAUACAAGCUGUCAACGGAGUGUCUGAGCAGAGUCCUCAUUCACCACAUUACACAUCCGUUAACAUCACCACCAACCAGGCUGCUCCGUCAGCAGUGUCCAUCAUCCACCAGGUCAGCAGAACCCCCAGCAGCAUCACUCUGUCCUGGUCCCAGCCUGAUCAGCCCAAUGGAGUUAUCCUGGACUAUGAACUGCAGUACUAUGAGAAGAACCAGGCAGAGUGGAACUCAUCUCUAACAAGGAGUCAGACCAACACUGCAGUCAUACGAGGCCUGAAGCCUGGAACUAUCUACGUCUUCCAGGUUCGGGCUCGGACUGUCGCUGGAUUUGGCCGCUUCAGUGGCAAAAUGUACUUCCAAACCAUGACUGAAGAGGAAUAUAACUCCAGUAUCCAGGAGAAGCUCCCCCUCAUCAUUGGUUCAGCUGCUGCAGGGGUCGUCUUCAUCAUCGCCAUCACUGUCUUCAUCAUUGUCUGCUGCAGGAGGAAUUCAGGAGACAGACCAGAGUCAGACUACACAGACAAACUCCAACAUUACACCAGUGGUCACAUGUCACCAGGAAUGAAGAUCUACAUCGACCCCUUCACAUAUGAAGACCCUAAUGAGGCAGUGAGAGAGUUUGCCAAGGAGAUCGACAUUUCCUGUGUCAAGAUUGAACAAGUGAUCGGUGCAGGUGAGUUUGGGGAGGUGUGCAGUGGAAACCUCCGGCAGCCUGGGAAGAGAGAGAUCCUGGUGGCUAUUAAGACACUGAAGACGGGCUACACUGAACGCCAGAGGAGGGACUUCCUGAGCGAGGCAUCCAUCAUGGGCCAGUUUGACCACCCCAACAUCAUCCAUCUGGAAGGAGUGGUGACCAAGAGCAGCCCCGUGAUGAUCAUCACCGAGUUCAUGGAGAACGGAUCCCUCGACUCCUUCCUCAGGCAAAAUGAUGGGCAGUUCACUGUGAUCCAGCUGGUGGGAAUGAUGCGCGGCAUCGCAGCUGGCAUGAAGUACCUGUGUGACAUGAACUACGUCCAUCGAGACCUGGCAGCCAGGAACAUCCUGGUCAACAGCAAUCUGGUGUGCAAAGUGUCUGACUUCGGCCUAUCACGCUUUCUAGAGGAUGAUACUUCAGACCCCACCUACACCAGCGCUCUGGGAGGGAAGAUUCCCAUCCGGUGGACGGCUCCAGAGGCCAUUCAGUACAGGAAGUUCACCUCCUCCAGUGACUGCUGGAGCUAUGGCAUAGUCAUGUGGGAGGUGAUGUCAUAUGGAGAGAGGCCCUACUGGGACAUGAGUAAUCAAGAUGUAAUCAAUGCCAUAGAGCAGGACUACAGAUUGCCGCCCCCUAUGGAUUGCCCUAGUGCACUGCAUCAGCUGAUGCUGGACUGCUGGCAGAAAGACCGCAACAACCGGCCCAAAUUCAGCCAGAUUGUCAGCACCCUGGAUAAGAUGAUCCGCAACCCCAACAGCCUCAAGGCCAUGACACCUCUGUCAUCAAGUGUUCACUUACCUCUGCUGGACCGCAGCACACCAGACUUCUCGUCUUUCAGCACAGUGGAUGAGUGGCUGGACGCCAUCAAGAUGGGCCAGUACAAGGAGAACUUUGCCAACGAAGGCUUUACCAGCUUUGAUGUGGUGUCUCAAAUGACCAUGGAGGACAUCCUCAGAGUUGAAGUGACACUGGCCGGCCAUCAGAAGAAGAUCCUCAACAGCAUCCAGUCCAUGAGGGCCCAGAUGAACCAGAUCACUUCAGUGGAGGUGUGAGCUCACAGACCAGGAGCACACAGGCUCUGUUUACUGUAGGAAAGCCAGCAGCCAACCAACCCUGCAUUCUCCUGGAACCUCUGAGGAGGGCUGACGACAUACACAGAAUCCAACCUCAGCUCCACCCUCCCUCUCUCCAAAAUCUCUCCUUAAGGUUCCAUCAGUCUGCAGCACAGCACAGACAUUUGGUAGUUUUCCUGUUAGCUGCUAUAUGUUCAGGUUACAGUUGUGCUCGGGGGCUUUAUGUUGUAGGUGACGAUAACCACAGCCACCUGGACCAGUGUUCAAAGUGCUCAGUCCGUGCCUAUUUAAAGACAUACUUUUUUAAAAGAUUACUUUAUUAAAUGAUAACUCCCCAUACAUGGCUCCACUGCCACCAAGAUUUUAACUAAAUUUGCCUUGCAUUUUGACCUUUUUGUGCAAGACUCGAUGUUGAAAAUGAGAAACAGAAUAGUAGAAUUCAACUAAAUAGUAACUGCAAGAUGCGAGCUAACUUAUUAGCUCAAAAGCAUAGAGUAUUACUUUCAGUGGAGUACAUUUAGGUACUUACAGGUGCUUACUGCUAGCUCUGUCACACAGUGAUGUUGAUGUUCUAGAUUUUGACAAGGAGGCACCAGGGCACAACACUUUAGUUAUAAUCCUUACGAUUUUCAUCAUAUCAGACCCCAUAUUUGGUACUAUUUAUGGCAGGUAGUUUUACAGCAAUAGCCAUUUAAUGCAUUUGCAUUCUGUAAUUGGCUCUCAGUAUAUCAGUUUUCAUUGUUAGUUGUGGAAUCCACACAGAAUUCAAACUGCGUACAUCUGCACAAGGGAUUCGCAGAAAACAAUGCACACACAUACUAAUUAAUAUACAUCUGAUGCGAAAGUUGACCUCUGCAGUCUAGUUUGUUUGGCUGCACUGUAAACUGACCCACCAGUUGCUCUUCUUCUGUUGCCUUUCUCACAGAGAAGCAGAUUAAGGUGUGUUUGCUGCUACCAGUGGUCCACACACAUACAAUUUGUUGUAGAACUGUAUUAUUAAAUCACACCUGCUGUUACCAAUGGUACCCACAGGUGCCGCC